AUGUCAGAAUAUGGCCAUAGUAUUUCCAGAUGUCGUUCUUUUAGUCUGACCAGGACAUUUAGUAGGUCAUCGUUGCCGGGUCGAGUAAGUGCCCCAGAAAAGAGAUUAGAGUUUUCAGUUAAGCAGAGUGGCCUCUAGUCCCAGUCUGGUGCCCAGUUUUACUCCUUAUUAUGAAUCUUAUUUGAGUCGACAAGAUCCAGUCAGACGAUAUCAGAGAGAUCGAUCAUUGGUGAGUAAAAAACAUUUUGUUAUUAACAUACGAUGCGUGAAGAAUAUGGUGAUAUUUAUAUUAAAUCUUAGGAUUACACCCGAGCUUACAAUCGUUACAAGUAUUGUACUCCAUAUCAAGGAAAGUAUUAUCCUCGUUACUUCCUAAAUACCGACUACAUUGGGACACAUUCUUAUUACUGGGGCAACCUGAACGCGUACUAUCCACAAUACAGAAGUCAUGUCAGCGGUUACGGUUCCAACAAAUACAUUGCGGGAUUCUACAACCAUUAUCACCAGCCCUUAUACGACCGAUCUUACUACUCUCCAUGUAGUAAAUCUUAUUAUCAUUCAUCGUACAGGUCGUAUUAUAGUACGAUCUAUGACUGUAAGUGAUUAUGUACAUAUUAUGUAAGUACUAUUUUAGAUUACUGA